AUGUCAGCCCCCGCUUUGAAAUCAGCCAAGCGACUUCCACCACUUCCGACGAUUAAGGAUUUAUUGAAAUUAUAUGGAUUACGUGCAAUGAAACAUCUAUCACAAAACUUCCUGCUUGAUAUGAGGCUAACUAACAAGAUUGUCAAAACGAUGGGUAACAUCGCGGGUGGUCAGGUGUUGGAGGUCGGCUCUGGUCCAGGGUCCAUUACCAGGCCUAUCAUUGAAAAACACCCUGCUCGUGUGGUUUUGGUGGAAAAGGAUAAAAGAUUCCUACCUACUCUAGAGAUGUUAUCAGAAGCGGCUAGCUGUGAUGUGGACAUUAUCCUGAGUGACAUAUUGCGCCUGAACAUGGAAAAUAUGUUUCCUGAGGAAGAAGUCAGAGGAUGGACGGAAAGGCCUCCCAAUAUUCAUUUAAUUGGCAACUUACCGUUUAAUGUGGCCACUCCGCUCAUAAUAAGAUGGUUGAAGGAUAUCUCUCUCAGGCGAAGCGCUUGGAGGUACGGAAGAGUGGGACUAACCCUGACCUUCCAGAAGGAAGUAGCUGAGCGGCUCUCAGCGCCGAUACUCUCGAAGCAGCGUUGCAGGCUUUCCUUGAUGGCUCAAAACUGGUGUAGUGUCCACCACGUCUUCAACAUACCUGGUAAGGCAUUCUUACCCAAACCUGAUGUAGAUGUGGGUGUUGUUAAGUUGGUUCCGUUGAUUUCUCCAGUCUGUGAUUAUGAAUUUCAUCUUGUGGAAAAGGUCUGUAGGGUCCUAUUCUCUGGUCGCCAAAAAUAUAUCUUAAAGACAGCGAGUCUCCUAUUUCCACUAACUUUAAGAGAAACUCUUGCUGAGAGAUUAUUGAAAGAGGCAAAUAUACCACCUCAGACUAGAGCUAUUCAGGUGACUCUCCCAGAGGUGGGAAGGAUCAUCAAAGCUUACAACGGUAUCAUAUCGGAACAACCAUCACUUGCUAGCUACAACUUCAGGAACCGUGAUGACGUUGAAGUAGAUUAG